GAUGACAGCUGAAGGGUUGUUGACAUUUGGGACUGUCUUUUUUGUAUUAUUUUAUGGAAACCACGUUUGUCACGCCACUGAAUCACAGGUAUGUCAGAUGUGCGAAGGCACUGUGUUGAACGGUAGCGCUGUUUGGAAUUUUUGCACAUCAUCUGCUGGUCGGAUUGAUGGACGAUGCUGCUUACAAAAGGACAAUUCUAGCGAUGCCGUCUGUAUAACUGGACUAGAUUUAUCACACUGCAAUUUAAGUAUUGUGGAAGAUCUCAGUGAGGCCUCCACAGCAACAAUGAUAGAUCUGUCUUUCAACCCAAUUUCGAACCUGAGCGAUCUGGUGUUCCAAGGCUUCAGUCAGCUGUCCUAUGUAAUACUUCCCUCAAACCUAACAUGUCCUGGUGGCAAUGCAUCAUGGGAGAAGACAGAGGUCAAAAAAGAAGACAGACUGUGUGAGGGACAAAUUAAUGCCUGCAAUCAAACAGGGCACAUGUCUUGGGACUGUCCACAAAACUCCCUGUGCUCUCCCUAUGGACCCGGUUUCUUUGCAUGUAGUUGUGCAGAGGAUUUCCAUGGAUACAAGUGCCUGAGAGAGGGUGAAUUUCCCACGGCGAAAGUAUUUGGGAUUCUUGGAGGGUCUACCGUUCUGAUGUCCAUUCUGUUAUGGGUUACCCAGAGGAGGAAGGCCAAAACCAUGUGACUUAAAGGUUUCAUCAAGAUGCAACUGUCUACAGAUAUCUCCUCAGAUCAUGCUGAUUCUGCGGCUUCUGUACCGCCAUUUUGAAGAGAACUGACAAUUGUUUUAACCGGACACGCUAAGCACGAUGACAUUUUUUUUUUUUUUUUAAUUAUGUUUUAAAGAAACACAAAUGUUCACGGCAGCUAUUUCAAAGAUUUAUUGCUACUGACAGGAGCAUGACGUUAUGGAAGGGAGGAAAAUGCAAAAAUGUUUGGCUCCAUUGUUUUUUUUUUAAUCAAAAUUGUAGACUAUCUUUCUGAUCUCAGUGAAUCUAGAACAUGUGUUUGAAAAAACUGCUAGAAAUUGUUUUGCUACUAGAUGGGUUUCACACUUUUAAGAAUGAUAUCAGAUUUAAUGUUAAUUUUUAAGUGAUGUAAACAUAAAAAUUAUAUUGACAAAGGUUUUAACGAUAACACAUAAAAGUGCCAAAUUAUAUGCUGACUUAUUUCAGAAAUGCACUGGAACACACUUGUCACUACUGUAUAUUACACACUUCUAUAGAUUUAUAUCACCUUACAAGAUAUGCAAUAAGUCAGUAUUUUUCAUUUUGUUUUAAUGUGCAGCACAGGCUUGUUUCUCCAAGAGAAAGAAAUAAGGGCACAGCAGUGCUUCUGUACAUUUUGUUUUGACUGGAAUUGGGAGGUUAGCUCUUUAAGGUUAUGCUGACACAGUGCAUGGCAUUGGCUGAAAUGUACAUAAUCAAAAGUUUGCAACCUUUUGUUGUGUAAAGAAUACUAAAGAUUUCCCAUUUCCUUGUUUAA